GUUUGAAUCUGGAAACGUUUCGGCGAGACGGUGAAAUCACGUGUCCGGCAUGAAGUUGGGUAGUGCCAAGGCGGGGGCACUUUUGAUAUGGAUCAACGGCGUGUGUCCAGAGGAGCCUGUGGGGCAGUUUAUCCAUAUCAAGGAUGGGCAUCAGCUCCUGAGGAUUAGCUGCAAACUACAGGGGAAAGAGCCUGAUGAGGAACUGAAGACUUUAUCCCUUUAUAACAAAGUGGAAAUCAUCUUCAACAUAUUGCACAAUGACUUUCACCUCAACACAACACAGAGCUCCCUCAUCUUACAGAAAAUCGAGCAAAAAGUAGAUCUGGAGCUUCAGCUUGCCAAGGUGGCACUUCUGCUUUGUUACUGCAGUUUUAAAAAGGACAACCUGCAACCUUUGAGCUCAAAUGCACAGUCGGUGAUUGUAUCCAUGUUUAAUUUAGUAAAAGAUGAUGCAGAUGGUCUAUCAUUAGACAAAGGCCUAGAUCAGUUUCUAACCCAAGACUCUGUCAUGAACUCCUCCACAUCCAGCACUGAGAGCAGUGGCUGCUCAUCAUUCUGUGCUGAUGAUGAGUCUCCGAUUUUUGGCCGGUUCCAUCGUCCUCCUAGAGUUACAUUUCAAGAGCUUUGCACAGUGGCCUGCAGCUCGGACGGCUCUCCGUUACAAGACAUUAUGAGCACGCCACAUUUUCAGUUAAAAAGGCUCAGGAAGGAACUGGCACACGAAGGCGAUGUGAGAGAUGAGCUAGAAAAAGAACUAGCAAAUCAGAUCAGCAUCAUCUCAGAGAAAGAGGGCCUGAUUUCCCAGUUGCAGCACAGGGUGGACCGUCUGCUGAGGGAACAGGGAGAAUUAGAGAAAGAUCAUAAAGCUGCACUUAUAGAGCUCCAGGAGAAGAAUGAGAGUCUCCUCCACAGAGUACAUGAGGUUCUUAAGCAAUGCCAAGACUUAAAAACCGACAACUCGCAGAAAGAGAAAAAGAUUGAUGAACUUACUGAGGAAAAUGGAACUCUUGCUGCCCAAGUGCGAAACACAUUUUGCCAACUAGCAAGAGCUGAAGAAGAAGUUGCUAAGCUGACACUGACACACGAAAAGUCGCAGGCUGAGUGGAUUAAAAGAAGGGAGUUUAUUGAGAGAGAAUUAAACGAAGCUGUCACACACAGGGUCUACCUAAAUGAGCAAGUUCAGAUCUUGCAGGGCAAGAUCUCCGUUCUUGAAGAUGAACUUGAAAAAGCUCAGUCUCAAGAGAGAGGAGAAGUUAUGGGCCCCAUCAUGGAGUGGGAGAAACUUAAACAGGAAUUGUUAGAGAUGUCUCUUAAACUUGCUCAGCUUCAGGACACUAUUUCCUGCCUUGAGAAGGAGAAGGCAGAGGUUGAAGCCUUGCUAGCCCAGGAAAGAUGCUCAUUUGAACAGGAAACCACAAGACUUCAGACAGUGGUGUUUGAUCUGGAGAACUCUGUCAGCAGUAUCCGCAUGGAGAGAGAGGCACUGCAGGAGGCCUUAAUGGCUCAGAAGGAAAUGCUCACUUCACAGAUAUCAGCUCUGGAAAGUGAUGUUUCUCGGCUGCAACAGGUGGAAAUCCAGUUGACAGCAGAGAUUAAAAUCUCUGCAGAACUUCGCCAGCAGAGGGGGGAGCUGGAGGGGAAGGUAGCCUCUUUAGACAAUAUGGUUAAUGCUCUACAUACUGAGAUCCAGGGUUUCGAAAUAGAGAGAGAAACACAGCAGGUUGCCCUAAAUGCCCUCAUGGCUGACUUGCAGAAUGCCCAGACCACCCUUCAGGACUAUGAAAAGAAGUUGGAAGAGCAUCAGAAAGUGGUAGAAGAGAAUGCUUCCCUGACAAAUGAGGCAUGUACAUUGCGACAGGAAAUUGAUGAGCAUCUGCAGACCAUCGGAGACCUUCAGGGGCAAAUAAGUAUCCUUAGACAGGAGAAAAAAGAGGAAGAAAACAAAGUUAGUCAGGCAUUGACCAAAAUUGAAAGCGUUGAAACUAAAAUUUUGGAACUAUCAGAACAAAUAUCCCUAAAGGAUGAGGAAAUCACAAAUCUGAGGAAUGAAUUUGUCUCUCUAGACACUGAACUGAAGCUUGUGAAGGAGGAAAAUAUUGAAAUAAAUGAAAGGAUCAAAUCCAAUUGCAUAGAGCAUGAGGACACUAUUGAGAAACUUCAGCAAGAGCUUCUCUCUGCUUCUUCAACUGCAUCUGAAAAACAGGAGGAAAUAUUGGUUCUCUCAGCUGAGGUAACAUCUCUUAAAGAGCAGAUUUGCCAUUACAAUAAAAAUGAAAAGCAGGAACAACAGAAGUUAUCUGUUUUAGAGGCAGAACACAAUGUGCUGAAGGAAAACUUGACUUCUCUUCUAAACCAGUUGACUGAGGCGACAACUACAACUUCGCAGAAGGAAUCUGAGCUCAUUUCACUUAAACAGGAGCUUUGCCUUCAAGAAACCCUAAGAGAAAAGUCUCAGGAGCUUGAGACAGCCAGGCGUGAGGAGUUUGAGAGAAAGGUGAGUGAACUUCAGGCCAAAAUCCUAGAAGUUUCAACUCUUGCCUCUGAGAGGGAAGCUUGUGUGACUUCUCUUCGAUGUGAGAUAAAGGAUCAACAGUUGAGGGCCAUACAGUCUGAAGAUGAUCUCCGCAGGGAGCUGGAGAAGAAGGUUGCAAUCAUGCAGGGACAACUAGAGACUGUCAGUCAAGACGUCACAGACAAAGACCAUCUCUUACAGUCUUUGGAUCAGAAGCUGAGACAGAUGGAACUGCUGUGCCAACAAAAGGAUAAAGAUGUCCGUGAGACACUUCAGACAAAGGAGAACCUGGAGACAAAGAUUGCUGAGCUUCUUGUUGAGAAACAACAUCUGGAUGAGAGCCAGCAGAAUUUGGAGAAGGAAAGAGAACACCUGUCAGCUGAAGUGUCAUCUCUUAAAGAAGAAAUCUGCCGCUCCCUUGAAAAUGAUCAACAGAAAAAACAGGAAGUUUCCUUGUUAAAAGAUGAACACAACACACUGAAGGAUAACUUGGCUUCUCUUCAGAACCAGUUGGUGGAGUUCACCACUAAAGCUUUGCAGAAAGAAUCUGAGCUCCUCUUGGUUCAGCAGGAGCUGUGCCAACAAGAGAUACUGAGAGAAAAGGCUCAGGAGCUUGAGACUGUCAUGCGUGAAGAGUUUGAGAGAAAGGUUAGUGAACUUCAGGCCAAAAUCCUAGAGAUUUCCACUCUUGCUUCUGAGAGGGAAGCUCAAAUAAGUUAUCUCCAAAAUGAAAUGACAGAUCAGCAAUUGAAGUCCAAACAAUCUGAAGAUGAUCUCCGCACAGAGCUAGAAGAGAAGGUUUGCACCCUACAAGGAGAACUAGAUGCUGCAAUUUGUGGUGCUGCAAAUAAAGACCGUCAGCUAGAGUCUUUUGAUCAGAAGCUGAGACAGAUGGAACUGCUGUGCCAACAAAAGGAUAAAGAUGUCCGUGAGACACUUCAGACAAAGGAGAACCUGGAGACAAAGAUUGCUGAGCUUCUGGUUGAGAAACAGCAUCUGGAUGAGAGCCAGCAGAAUUUGGAGAAGGAAAGAGAACACCUGUCAGCUGAAGUGUCAUCUCUUAAAGAAGAAAUCUGCCGCUCCCUUGAAAAUGAUCAACAGAAAAAACAGGAAGUUUCCUUGUUAAAAGAUGAACACAACGCACUGAAGGAUAACUUAGCGUCUCUUCAGAACCAGUUGGUGGAGUUCACCACUAAAGCUUUGCAGAAAGAAUCUGAGCUCCUCUUGGUUCAGCAGGAGCUUUGCCAACAAGAGAUACUAAGAGAAAAGGCUCAGGAGCUUGAGACUGUCAUGCGUGAAGAGUUUGAGAGAAAGGUUAGUGAACUUCAGGCCAAAAUCCUAGAGAUUUCCACUCUUGCUUCUGAGAGGGAAGCUCAAAUAAGUUAUCUCCAAAAUGAAAUGACAGAUCAGCAAUUGAAGUCCAAACAAUCUGAAGAUGAUCUCCGCACAGAGCUAGAAGAGAAGGUUUGCACCCUACAAGGAGAACUAGAUGCUGCAAUUUGUGGUGCUGCAAAUAAAGACCGUCAGCUAGAGUCUUUUGAUCAGAAGCUGAGACAGAUGGAACUGCUGUGCCAACAAAAGGAUAAAGAUGUCCGUGAGACACUUCAGACAAAGGAGAACCUGGAGACAAAGAUUGCUGAGCUUCUGGUUGAGAAACAGCAUCUGGAUGAGAGCCAGCAGAAUUUGGAGAAGGAAAGAGAACACCUGUCAGCUGAAGUGUCAUCUCUUAAAGAAGAAAUCUGCCGCUCCCUUGAAAAUGAUCAACAGAAAAAACAGGAAGUUUCCUUGUUAAAAGAUGAACACAACACACUGAAGGAAAACUUAGCAUCUCUUCAGAACCAGUUGGUGGAGUUCACCACUAAAGCUUUGCAGAAAGAAUCUGAGCUCCUCUUGGUUCAGCAGGAGCUGUGCCAACAAGAGACACUAAGAGAAAAGGCUCAGGAGCUUGAGACUGUCAUGCGUGAAGAGUUUGAGAGAAAGGUUAGUGAACUUCAGGCCAAAAUCCUAGAGAUUUCCACUCUUGCUUCUGAGAGGGAAGCUCAAAUAAGUUAUCUCCAAAAUGAAAUGACAGAUCAGCAAUUGAAGUCCAAACAAUCUGAAGAUGAUCUCCGCACAGAGCUAGAAGAGAAGGUUUGCACCCUACAAGGAGAACUAGAUGCUGCAAUUUGUGGUGCUGCAAAUAAAGACCAUCAGCUAGAGUCUUUUGAUCAGAAGCUGAGACAGAUGGAACUGCUGUGCCAACAAAAGGAUAAAGAUGUCCGUGAGACACUUCAGACAAAGGAGAACCUGGAGACAAAGAUUGCUGAGCUUCUUGUUGAGAAACAACAUCUGGAUGAGAGCCAGAAGAAUUUGGAGAAGGAAAGAGAACACCUGUCAGCUGAAGUGUCAUCUCUUAAAGAAGAAAUCUGCCGCUCCCUUGAAAAUGAUCAACAGAAAAAACAGGAAGUUUCCUUGUUAAAAGAUGAACACAACGCACUGAAGGAAAACUUGGCAUCUCUUCAGAACCAGUUGGUGGAGUUCACCACUAAAGCUUUGCAGAAAGAAUCUGAGCUCCUCUUGGUUCAGCAGGAGCUGUGCCAACAAGAGACACUAAGAGAAAAGGCUCAGGAGCUUGAGACAGCCAGCUGUGAGGAGUUUGAGAGAAAGGUGAAUGAACUUCAGGCCAAAAUCAUAGAAGUUUCCACUCUUGCCUCUGAGAGGGAAGCCUGUAUGACUUCUCUUCAAUGUGAAAUAAAGGAUCAACAGUUGAGGGCCAAACAGUCUGAAGAUGAUCUUCGGCGAGAGCUGGAGGAGCAUGUUGGAAAUCUACAGAGACAAUUGGAAGCUGCCAAUUGUGGUGCUGCAGACAAAGAUCAUCAGCUGGAGUCUUUGGAACAGAAGCUGAGACAGAUGGAACUGCUGUGCCAACAAAAGGAUAAAGAUGUCCGUGAGACACUUCAGACAAAGGAGAACCUGGAGACAAAGAUUGCUGAGCUUCUGGUUGAGAAACAGCAUCUGGAUGAGAGCCAGCAGAAUUUGGAGAAGGAAAGAGAACACCUGUCAGCUGAAGUGUCAUCUCUUAAAGAAGAAAUCUGCCGCUCCCUUGAAAAUGAUCAACAGAAAAAACAGGAAGUUUCCUUGUUAAAAGAUGAACACAACACACUGAAGGAAAACUUAGCGUCUCUUCAGAACCAGUUGGUGGAGUUCACCACUAAAGCUUUGCAGAAAGAAUCUGAGCUCCUCUUGGUUCAGCAGGAGCUGUGCCAACAAGACACACUAAGAGAAAAGGCUCAGGAGCUUGAGACUGUCAUGCGUGAAGAGUUUGAGAGAAAGGUUAGUGAACUUCAGGCCAAAAUCCUAGAGAUUUCCACUCUUGCUUCUGAGAGGGAAGCUCAAAUAAGUUAUCUCCAAAAUGAAAUGACAGAUCAACAAUUGAAGUCCAAACAAUCUGAAGAUGAUCUCCGCACAGAGCUAGAAGAGAAGGUUUGUACCCUACAAGGAGAACUAGAUGCUGCAAUUUGUGGUGCUGCAAAUAAAGACCAUCAGCUAGAGUCUUUUGAUCAGAAGCUGAGACAGAAGGAACUGCUGUGCCAACAAAAGGAUAAAGAUAUCCUUGAGACACAUCACGCAAAGGAGGAUCUGGAGAAAAAGAUUGUUGAGCUUCUUGUUGAGAAACAACAGCUGCUCGAGUGCCAGCAGAACUUGGUGAAGGAAAGAGACCAACUGUCAGCUGAAGUAUCAUCUCUUAAAGAGCAAAUAAGCUGUUCCCUUCUGAAUGAACAACAGAAACAACAGGAAGUGUCUGUGUUAAAGGAUGAACUAAAUAUAUUGAAGGAAAACUUGGCUGCUCUUCAGAGCCAACUGGAGGAGGUGACAGCUACAGCUUUUCAGAAGGAAUCUAAGCUCCUUUUGGUUCAGCAGGAGCUUUGCCAACAAGAGACCCUAAGAGAAAAGGCUCAGGAGCUUGAGACUGUCAUCCAUGAAGAGUUUAAGAGAAAGUUCAGUGAACUUCAAGCCAAAAUUCUAGAGGAUUCCACUCUUGCCUCUGAGAAGGAAGCUCAAAUAAGUUCUCUUCAAGAUGACUUGAAGGAUCAGCAAUUGAAGUUGAAACAAUCUGAAGUUGAUCUUUGCAGAGAGCUGGAGGAGAAGGUUGGAGCCCUACAGGGACAACUAGAAAAUGCCAGUUGUGACACUGCAGACAAAGACCGUUUCUUGCAGUCUUUAGAUCAUAAGCUUAGGCAGAUGGAACUGCUUUGCCAAGAAAAGGAGAAAGAUGUCCUUGAGACAAAUCAGGCAAAUGAGGACCUGGAGAAGAGGAUUGUCGAGCUACUUGUUAAGACACAACAACUAGAGGGAUACCAGCAGAAUUUGGAGAUAUUGAGAAAGGAAAGGGACAAUCUGUCAACUGAGGUAACCUCUCUCAAAGAGGAAAUCUGCCACUACCAGGAAAAUCAGGUACAGAAACAACAGGAAAUGUCUGUUUUAGAGGUUAAUCACAACAUAUUAAAGGAAAACCUGGCUGCCCUUAACAGCCAACUGGAGAAGGUUACAUCUACUACUUCAAAGAAGGAAUCUGAGCUUCUUUUGCUUCAAAAUGAGCUUUGCCAACAAGAGAACUUUAGAGAAAAGGCUCAGGAGCUUGAGAAAAACGUGAGUGAACUUCAGGCUAAAAUCCUAGAGGUCUCCACUCUUGCCUCCGAGAGGGAAGCUCAAAUAAGUUAUCUACAAAAUGAGAUGAAGGAUCAACAAUUAAGGUCCAAACAGUCUGAAGAUGAUCUCCGCAGGGAGCUGGAGAAGAAGGUUGCAAUCCUGCAGGGACAACUAGAGACUGUCAGUCAAGACGUCACAGACAAAGACCAUCUCUUACAGUCUUUGGAUCAGAAGCUCAGGGAGAUGGAACUGCUGUGUCAGCAGAAGGAGAAUGAUACCAUUGAGACACAUCAGGCAAAGGAGGACCUGAUGAAGAGAAUUGUUGAGCUUCAUGCUGACAAACAUAAACUGGAUGGGUGCCAGCAGAAUAUGGAGAUAUUGAGGAAGGAAAGAGACCACCUAUGUUCUCUUAGCCAGUCUUUGCAAAGGGAGUGCGACGCAUCCCAGAGGAUUAGAGCUGAGCUGGAGUUGAAGGUAGAGGAUCAAAGUGGCUCCAUCCUUACUCUUGAAAACGCUGCUCGACAGUGGGAGGAGCAAAAUAAGGAACUCCUGGAACAACUAAAGAGGAAAUCAGAAGCAGUAGAACACUACAAAACACAGGUGGAGAAUGCAAGGAGUCAUUACAUCGGGAAAAAGCAGUUGCUGUUGGAGGCCCAGGAAAUUAACAAGACUCUUGAGCAGACCCUGGAGUCCAGCAAGAGGGAAGUCAAAGCUCUGGAGACGGAGAUGACAUUGGCUCGAAUGGAAUUAGACCAGGCGAAGACCAAAGAGAAAAACCUUGUGGCCAAAGUGAAAAGAUUGGAGGCUCAAGUGGACUUCGCUGACAGGCAACUGCGAGAGCAGAAGAAAAUGACUGAUGACAUUGGGGAGGUGAGAGACAGAGUUACUAUGUGUGCCAGAGUCCCAGAGGCACGGCAUGAUAUCAGCAACGACAGCUUGGAGUUUGACCUGAACGAUUCGCUUGGUGCUGGCAGUCAUUCAGCAGUGCCAGGUGAGUCUAGCACUCCGCUGGUACGUAGCUCUGAGCGUUUGGCUGCUAAACGUCGAGCCUUGGGGGCAGAAUCCCUUGAGACUCUCUACUUCACACCUAUGAGUCAGCAAGGCAACAAAUGGAAAGGUGACCGAAACGAUGCUACUGAACAAAAACUGGAGACCAGCAUCACUUCUUUUGGAGAUCUGGAUUCUGCAAAGAAGCUCACAGCCUCUGCCCGCAAGCGACGCACAACACAGGUUAUCAACAUCACGGCUAAGCAGACUUCAGGAAAUGUUGAUGGGGAGGUGUCAUUUUCUAGUCUACAUUCUGCCCGAACUCAGCCGAACCUGGCAAUUCACCACUCACGGCCUGUGUCCAUGGACCUCUCUGAGGAAAGUGGCAGAGCAGUGUUAUCAAAAGCAGACAAACUUGAAAGUCUGCCUGGAUAUCGCAGAAGUUCUGUGCACAAUGUUGUGCCAGCAAGAGCCACCAGUACCUUCUGCAUUGGUGCAGAGAAUGAACCAGAGCAUGCUGCUGAUGACUGGAUCCGCAUUGCUGAACUACAGGCACGAAACAAAGCCUGUCUGCCUCACCUGAAGAGCAGCUACCCACUUGAGUCCCGGCCCAGUCUGGGACUUCCCUCGUUCACAGUAACGGACGAUGACCUGCGGAUGGGUGACCCGGAUGAGACUAUUCGCCGUGCAUCCAUGAUUCCGAGUCAGCUCAGGGAAUCUUUGAACUCCAGACGCUUCUCUCUGGCGCCAGGAGGAAGUUCAAGCCAGGUUCUUGCACAGUCUCAGCCCCAGCGCUCCACCAUGUUACCGGGUCAGAUCCGAUCCAGCACCGCUGCUUACCGGGCCUCUCAGGUCACAAAAACGACCUCAAAUGUGCGUUCAUCAGAAAAUGUACGUAGCCCACUAGCCCCUAAACGCCCUGUAUCCCAGCUGCAAGGCCCCGACACACCUGAGGCGAAAAAGACGGCAAGCUGCUUCCCUCGGCCAAUGACACCCAAAGGCAGACACACCAACAGUCAAAACAAACCUCCAAACACUCCGGCUGAGCGAAGGCAAUCUAUCAUGUUUUCUGUUUUAAAUACACCAAAGACCAGCACUCGUGGUGACAGCAGACUGCAGCGAGGCCUCAACAAGCUGCGUAACAGCGCCCGCAAAUCUCCUGCCAUGGCCAGCCGCGCUCUUCGCUCUGCCGUGAGCGCAGCUGAUGGAAGGUCACCUCUGGACUCAACACGAAGAAAGUCUCCCCGUAACAAGUCUCCCAAAUCCUCCAAUGCCAAAAAGAUGAAGUUCAGGAUUAAGGUCUGAAUUGAGGAUUUCACCCAAAAACCUGCCUUUUUCUUUUUCUAUUUUAAAACCAUCCAUUCCUCUUUACAUUUUGAUUUGUUUCUAUUUAAUCUAAAGAAUGUUUUAGCUUUAAUUAUGGGAUGGAGGGGGCUUAAUGACUGUUUGUUUCAUAUAUUUGUUUGUACAUAUACUAUAUAUUAUAUCUAAAUGUAUUCUUUGUUUAAUCAAAAUAAAGAUUUUUGUA